AUGAUCGUUCCCCCUGAUCGCGCUCUGAUUCCCCUUGCCCUUAGAAGAAGAUACUCCUACCUGCCUCCUACGAUGACCAAACGCGAAAUGUCGCCUGCUCCGGAAGCGGAGGAAGGCCACUCGAAUGCGAAACGCGCACGCACGUCUAAGACAUUCAACCCUAUCAAGAUAGCGACGGCGGAGGCUGCUGCCGCCGUCGAUGCCAACACCCCUUUUUCACAGUUGAUGGACGCGCUAGACGAUGUCGUCGAAAAGCCGAAGAAAGGCGAAUGCGUAGUGUACUGGAUGCGUAUGGCCGACCUCAGAAUUCACGACAAUAGAGCACUCAGCCGUGCUUCCGACCAGGCUCAAAAGGAUGGCAUUCCACUUAUCGUUUUGUUCAUUAUCAGCCCGCAAGAUUAUAUUGCGCAUGAUAGAGGGGCACGCAGAAUCGACUUCACAGUUAGGAAUCUUGCUUUAUUGAAGACAUCCUUCUCGGACCUCCACAUCCCCCUGCAAGUUGUCACGCACAUCCCGAGAAAGACCAUCCCUUAUUGUGCGCUCUCCUUCUGCGAGAAAUAUGACGCGACCACUCUGUUCGCCAACAUCGAAUACGAGGUCGAUGAGUUACGCCGAGAUCUCGAAAUAUGCAAGCUCGCAGCUACCAAAGGAAUACAGGCUAAUUUCUUCCAUAAUAAAUGCGUCAUCGAACCUGGAAUUAUCGUGACGAAGCAGGACAAGGCUUACGCUGUAUAUUCCCCGUAUCAGCGAAAUUGGAUUGCCACGCUGAAUGCGAACAUCCCAUAUUAUCUAGAAGAGUGUCCAGACCCGGUAGCGAAUGACGAGAAUGUUCGUUCGUCUAAGAUAUUUGCAAAACUUUUCGAUACAGGAGUACCGGAUUACAUUGAAGGUUUCCGUCUGGAUGACGCUGAUAGAGAGAAAAUGAAGGAGGUCUGGCCAGCGGGCGAAGAAGUUGCGGCCAAGAUGCUUGACGCAUUCCUUGCGACGAAGGCACGCACUUCUCAGCUCGGCGCUGUCGAUCCUGUGGCCAGCGGUACAGAGGCGUCCGAUACAGCGAGUCGAGUUCUGAAGUACGGUAGCGAGAGAGACAGGGCUGAUCGUGACACUACGAGCCGCCUUAGCCUCUAUUUGUCCUCUGGGGUUAUCUCUGUGCGGGCAUGCGUCCGCGCCACGAUGGUCAAGUGGAAGACUGGCAAGGUGAACGGCGACGGAAACUCUGGUGUUGGCAGAUGGAUCCAGGAAAUCGCAUGGCGAGAUUUCUACACGAACGUUUUGGCCGCGCUUCCUAGAGUGUCAAUGGGACGCCCGUUCCUGGAGAAGUUUGCGGAUGUCGUGUGGGAGAAUCACGAAGAUUCGUCCGGCAACGACUCCGAAGCGCUGAAAAGAUGGAAGACCGGUACGACUGGGGUAUCCGUAGUCGACGCUGCGAUGCGGUGCAUGGACGAGAUGGGGUGGAUGCAUAACCGAGCGCGGAUGAUCACAGCGAUGUUCUUGACGAAGGACCUGAUAAUUGAUUGGAGAGUGGGCGAACGUUACUUCAUGGAGAAGCUAAUAGAUGGCGACCUCGCUUCGAAUAACGGCGGAUGGCAGUGGUGUGCGAGCACGGGUGUGGACCCAUGCCCCUAUUUCCGCAUCUUCAAUCCCUACAACCAGAGUUCCAAGGUGGACCCUACGGGCGAAUUCAUCCGGCACUGGGUGCCCGAGCUCCGAAAACUCGCCGGACCUGAUUUGCAUAACCCGCCCGCCGCGACAGCAAAUAAAUUGGGCUACCCUCUUCCUAUUGUCGCGCACAGCGAAUCCAGAGACAGAGCGCUCAGGCGGUACAAGAACCCAGUCGCUCUUUCUUGUGUCUACAACCCUUUAACUCACCAAACCAUUUUCACCACUUUUACUACCACCGCCGCCAUGUCGUACUCCGCUACCUCUUCAUACUCUUUCUUCCCGACCACCGCUUCAUCUACACCUUCCUUCAACCUCUUCAUUCCGUCCUCCGCCGCGUCCUCUCGCGAGACCCACGAGAUGUACCAGGAAUUCGGGUUCAUCCUCCGCCCUUCCUCCAAGCAGAACCAAAACCAAAACCGAUCGGUCUCUGCUUCCUCGACCGCAUCGUCGAAGGCGUCCCUGUCUUCUUCGUCCUCCAAGUCCAGCAGGUCGUCCAUCAGGAAGUGGUUCGGCGUUGACUAA